GAGUCCCAGCAGAUGCUGGGCAGGCUGAUUCCAGAGAAGCAGCUGCUCAAUGACCAGCUCAAGCAGGUGCAGCAGAACAGUUUGCACAGGGAUUCCCUGCUCACCAUCAAAAGAGCCUUGGAGGCCAAGGAACUGGCGCGGCAGCAGCUCCGCGAGCAGCUGGAUGAGGUGGAGAAGGAAACCAGAUCCAAACUGCAGGAAAUUGAUAUUUUCAACAAUCAGCUGAAGGAGCUGAGAGAAAUCCAUAACAAACAGCAGCUCCAGAAGCAGAAGAGCUUGGAAGCUGAGAAGUUGAAACAGAAGGAGCAGGAAAGGAAGAUAGUGGAGCUGGAAAAGCAAAAAGAAGCUCAGAGGUAACAAAAUCCCUAAAUG